CACUCCUACGUAUUUGAAAUAUCUUUUUAACUGCUUUUCUGGCGUGUUUAUGAACUGGAAGUACCUUUGACGGAUUUCUGAAUUUGUUUUUUACUUACUAGAAACUGAAUUCUUUUUUGAGGACUCUAAAGACCAGCUGUUGUUAACAAAGAAAUCUUCUGAAACAUGGUGGAUUACUAUGAAGUUCUGGGAGUGCAGAAGCAUGCCUCACCAGAAGAUAUUAAAAAAGCGUACCGUAAAUUGGCAUUAAAAUGGCACCCAGAUAAAAACCCAGACAAUAAAGAGGAGGCCGAGCGGCAGUUCAAGCAAGUGGCUGAGGCUUACGAAGUGCUGUCAGAUGCUAAGAAACGUGACAUCUAUGACAAGUAUGGAAAAGAAGGCUUAAUGAAUGGAGGUGGAGGGGGAAGUCAUUUUGAUAACCAAUUUGACUUUGGAUUUACAUUCCGGAACCCAGAUGAUGUCUUUAGGGAGUUCUUUGGUGGAAGGGACCCUUUUUCAUUUGACUUCUUUGAAGAUCCUUUUGAGGACUUUUUCGGGAACAGACGGGGUCCAAGGAACAGGAACAGAGGUGGUGGAUCGUUCUUCUCUGCCUUUGGUGGAUUCCCUGCUUUUGGAAGUGGUUUCUCUUCAUUUGACACAGGUUUUACUUCGUUUGGCCCGUUGGGACAUGGCGGCCUCACCUCCUUCUCCUCAACGUCAUUUGGCGGCAGUGGGAUGGGUAACUUCAAAUCAGUAUCAACUUCAACUAAAAUAGUUAAUGGCAGAAAAAUUACCACAAAGAGAAUUGUUGAGAACGGGCAAGAGAGGGUAGAAGUCGAAGAAGAUGGGCAGCUAAGGUCGCUAACAAUAAAUGGUAAGGAGCAGGUGCUACGCUUGGAUAACAAGUAAUUCAACGCACGCACUUAACCGAAAUUUUAAGCUCUAACAGCCACCAUUUGAGGAUUGACAGGAACAUUUUUUGAAGAUUCCAAACGAACUCAACUUUCUGUAUAUCCGUACUUAAUCUUAAGUAGUAUAAAUAGCUCAGCGGAGCUUGUACUUGUCAUAGACUUUUGAGUUAAUUGUUGGGACCACAUCGAUAGGACCAUUUUUUGUCCUUAAAAUUGUUGUAAAUUUCUGUAUGCACUUUUCUUUUUAUUAUAUAUGAUCCAAGGUGAACCAUAAUCCUUCAGUAGUGCUAGGGCGAGAUGUACACUAACACUAGCAUGAAUCUUGCUUUUUUUCCAAUUUGUUUGAAUGUGAACCAAUUAGUAGUUUAAGUCUGCUGUGAAGUUAACAUUUCCA